CCCCAUCCACUACCUUCCAUUUUCCAAGCUUAAAAAAAGCGACACUCACUAAAAGGGAACUUUUACCUGCAUCAAUGGCGUCCACCUCCACAUGGAUCCUGUCUCUGAAGGUUCUGUUCAUUUCCACUGGUGUGCUAUCUUUGGCUUUCGGGUUGAAGGUCUCUGUUCCAUUGGUUCUGGAUUUCUCUGUCUCUCAAGCUCCGGUUUUAUGGAGUUCGGUGGCCUCCUGGCUCCGGCCUCCGUUUCUUUAUGUUAUAAUAAACGCUAUCAUCAUCACCAUCGUGGCGUCCUCGCGGUUCCACCGCAGAGAUGGCGACAAUGAGAAGGCGGAUCAUCAGCAGAUGCCUGUACCGAAGAUUACGGUGGAUCCGAAUCUGGCGUUCGAGUGCGAGAUGAAGAGUUGUAGAUCGGAUUUCGGUGCGGCGGAACCGAGCGUUGUGGUGUUUGAGCAGAAGCAGAGAGAAGUGGUGGAAGCCGGUGAUAUUGUGGAGGAUAAGAAUGUGGUGGCUGAAGAUCUUAAUGGAGAUCGAGGAGAUGAGUUGGUGACCUCGAAAUCCGAGUGGAAUCCGCUGAGGAGGAUGGAUUCGUCGGAGAUUCCAAUGGAGAUUCUCUCACCGGCUGAGAAACCACUGGUUUCUGCCAGGUUCGGUCACCGGAAACUUGUCAAUAAAGCCAGUACAGAAGGCUUUCGAUCGCUGGGAGUCGCGAAGCCGAAACGGCACGAGACGAUGGAGAACACAAGAUGGUGUAGUAAGUCGCGGCAAAGAAGAAAAGAAGCCACUUUGAAUUUGGAAAAAUCUGCUACUGAAGCGAAUAUGGCUGAUCUUAUUCUUGGUCCUCUUGUGGAUGUCACAACAUCCAAGGUGAUUUCAGUUACUAUCGAGCAACUCAACUUAGCAGUGGGAUUCAAGCAAGAGCUCAAGAAGUUCCGUGUGGUGCUGAGAAUGCUAAGGGGUGUGCUGCAAGAUGCUGAGCAGAAGGAGGUGACAAGUCACUUUGAUCUGCAGGAUUGGCUUAAGGAGCUUGGAAAUAUAGUUGAUGAAGUUGACAAUGUCGUAGAUGAGAUGGCAUAUGAACAUCUAAGGCAUAAAUGGGAAUCCUUAAGGAGCAGUUUGUUAGGAAUAGGUAAUAAUAUUAGGAUUAGGGUUCUUGUCACAACUCGAAGUGAAAAUGUAGCUUCCACAAUGGGAACACUUUCUAAGCACAAGCAUCAUCUUGAGAAGCUAACAGAUGAGGAUUGUUGGUCCAUAAUCAAGCAAAGAGCAUUGGUUAGCUCAUCAUUAAGUCCAGAACUGGAGAGGAUUGGAAGGGAUAUUGGUAGCAAAUGUAGAGGUUUAGUAUUAGUUGCAAAUGUUAUUGGAGGGAGUUUGUGCAAUAAUAGGAAAAAGGAUGACUGGUUAUCAAUUAAAGAUAAUAGUGAAGAAUGGGGUUUAGUAGAAGAAGCUAAUGGAGUUUUACCUAUGCUACAAUUGAGUUUCAAUUGCUUGCCAACACCUGUUUUGAAACAACGUUUUGCUUUCUGCUCUAUUUUCCCUAAAGAUUAUGUCAUGGAAAAGGAGAUGUUAAUACAGCUCUAGAUGGCUGAAGGAUUUCUUCAGCCUCUUAGUGAAAGAUACAUGGAGAUGGAGGAUAUUGGUGAUAGGUAUUUCAAUGCAUUAUCAUCAUAUUCUUUAUUUCAAGAUGCUAAAAGAGAUUCUUAUGGGAGCAUUAUUGCUUGCAAAAUGCAUGAUUUAGUUCAUGAUCUUGCACAAUUUGUUUCAAAGUCCCAAACUUUGAUUUUGGAAGAUGGUAGCGGAAGGAAUAUUCCUGCAGACAUUCGACAUUUAAAUGUCAUUUCUGAUAAGGGUACAGCAACAACAAGAUUUGGGGAUGCCACUGAAAAAUUGCACACUUUCUUUUCACAAGUUGAUGUCUUUCACAUUAUGUCAAUGAACUUGAGAAAGGUGAGGGCUCUUAGUUUCUGUGGUGCUAAUAUUGAUGAGUUGCCAGCCUUUUUGGGGAAAAUGAAGCAUAUAAGGUUCU